AUGGGAGUGCAGCUCCCAUUGCUUGAGUGUCUGUCGUUUCAACUGGAUCCACCGCGCACAAGGCCUGAGCCUCCUGUUGGGGAGCUCAGAAGCUGCGAAUUGGGGAGGGGGGCUUAUGCACCCCCUGCUAACCUCCCUGCCCCCCCCUCCCUGGCAGAGCGCGACAAGGAGAACCGUCACCGGAAGCGCAGCCAUAGCCGCUCGCGGAGCCGCGACCGGAAGCGCCGCAGCCGCAGCCGGGAGAGACGCAACAGAGACCAGCGCAGUGUCUCGCGGGACCGCAGGCGACGCAGGAAAUACCCAGAAGUAACACCAACAGCAACACAAGGAGGUGUUGGGAGGGGCCAUAAAGAAGCAGGAAAAAACCUGAAUUUUUUUUCCCCUCCUCCCCUCUGCAGGUCACCCCUAAAUCUUGCGGGCCCACUGAGCCGCUCCCCCCGGCAUGAGAAGAAGAAGAAGAUCCGCAAGUACUGGGACGUGCCGCCCCCUGGGUUUGAGCACAUCACCCCCAUGCAGUACAAAGCCAUGCAAGCCGCGGGUCAGAUUCCAGCCACAGCUCUCCUCCCGACCAUGACCCCUGAUGGAUUGGCCGUGACCCCCACCCCAGUCCCGGUGGUUGGCAGCCAGAUGACCCGGCAGGCCCGCCGCCUCUACGUUGGAAAUAUCCCCUUCGGCAUCACUGAGGAGGCCAUGAUGGAUUUCUUCAACGCUCAGAUGCGCCUCGGAGGGCUGACCCAAGCCCCUGGCAACCCCGUCUUGGCUGUGCAGAUCAAUCAGGACAAGAAUUUUGCUUUCUUGGAGGUGAGUGGGGGGUUUUCGGUCCGUCUGUCUGUCCAGCGCCUGGCACAGAGCACGAUAAACCAGACCCCAGUGACGCUGCAGGUGCCCGGGCUGAUGAGCUCGCAGGUGCAGAUGGGCGGGCACCCCACCGAGGUGCUGUGCCUCAUGAACAUGGUGCUGCCCGAGGAGCUGCUGGACGACGAGGAGUACGAGGAGAUCGUGGAGGACGUGCGGGACGAAUAUAAACCAGACCCCAGUGACGCUGCAGGUGCCCGGGCUGAUGAGCUCGCAGGUGCAGAUGGGCGGGCACCCCACCGAGGUGCUGUGCCUCAUGAACAUGGUGCUGCCCGAGGAGCUGCUGGACGACGAGGAGUACGAGGAGAUCGUGGAGGACGUGCGGGACGAGUGCAGCAAGUACGGGGUGGUCAAGUCCAUCGAGAUCUAAACCAGACCCCAGUGACGCUGCAGGUGCCCGGGCUGAUGAGCUCGCAGGUGCAGAUGGGCGGGCACCCCACCGAGGUGCUGUGCCUCAUGAACAUGGUGCUGCCCGAGGAGCUGCUGGACGACGAGGAGUACGAGGAGAUCGUGGAGGACGUGCGGGACGAGUGCAGCAAGUACGGGGUGGUCAAGUCCAUCGAGAUCCCCCGGAAUGUCUGGGUGUACUCCCUGGCACUCAUCUUCGUGGAGUUCACCUCAGUCUUCGACUGCCAGAAGGCCAUGCAAGGCCUCACGGGCCGCAAGUUCGCCAACAGAGUGGUGGUCACCAAGUACUGCGACCCCGACUCCUACCACCGCCGCGACUUCUGGUAG